CUUUGUUAUGUACUUUGGGAUAUGAUGAAGGAAAUAUUGUUCUGCCGUGCGAAUUUCAGGAAUGAUAAUAAUGAUCGGCGGGUUAUAUUAUAUCUGAAUGAUUGUUGUUGUGGUAGGAAGUAUUGUCAAGAAAAUGCAUCAUGCCUGGUAAAAAAUCAUUUGAAAAAGGUUAGCCUCGGAGAUGCUGCAAUUGAGCUAUCAAUUGAGUACAAGCGGCCAAAGCUUGAACCUGAAAGUUGUGAAAUGGACACAGGACUUGUUGGUCAUAUUCAUCUCAAUGCGGGCUUGCUAAAGUCAUCAGGCAUUGGUAUGCGUGACAUUUUACAAAAAUGUGAAGAACAAGUAAACAUGUUACAUAAGAAGAAGAAAUAUGGUUAUCAUUUUAAGAGGAUUCUUUUGUCUGUAAGUGAAUGUUGCUUCUUCAACCAUUCUGAUAGCAAAUGGACUGACAUGCCAUGUUUGAAAUUCUAUUGGCAAGACAUGCCUGACUCUGAUUUGGAAAGAACAAAACAUAUCAUGGCUGAUAUGAUCUGUCCAGUUCUAUUAGACACAAUUAUUAAAGGCUGUAUUCUACUGUGAUGCUGAGCUAGUUAGUGUGUUGGGGUUGAUUGACUGUUCCUGUGCCUGCUCAGAGCUUCUGUUUUUUCUGUCCCUGCUGGUUUGCUAUGGUUUGUCUUUCUGCUGGCCUGUUGUGUAGCUGUUCUGCGUUCCUGAGUUUGGUUCUAAUGUGGUGGCUACGCUGGUGUCUUUGCUCUGGUGCAGUUUGUGUUUCUGUGACCCUGGGACUGUUCUGUUAUGGUUCAGAUUGCUAUGAUGCUGUUUGUGUUUGGUCUGGUCAAAUUUUCAGUUGCGGUUUGGGUGCUGUACAGUAGUGGUGUGGUUUGGUGUUGCUGUUUUGGUGGGCUGCGAGGUUGUAAUAUUAUUUAAUUUUUUUAGACGAAAAUUGUAAUAUUACAGCCUUUUUAAUGAAAAUAU